GCCUUGCCCACAUCCGACAGCUUUAGGUCACAUUCUCCGACAAUACUGAAAGCACAAAAAGUAUUUAGUUUCAGUUUUUACGAUUCAAAUUUUCAAUUAUAAUGAUCGCCAAACUGAAACAACAACAUGAGGAGCGCUGGCAUUAUCCGCCCAGACUACCGCCCACCAAAUUUCGGUAUGUUGCAUGUGGAAAGGUACCAUUUUACGGGCACAACGAUAAGCCGAAGUAUAAGCCCUGCUGGCAGAAUCCGCUCAGUGUGCCGGAACAAGCUCGCUUCGGAGUUUGCUGGGAGUAUCCGCCGGAGCGGUACAAGCGACGUCCACUGCCGCCACCGUGCCGAGGAUCGACCGCUCCCAUUCACUUGCUGAAGCCCACCUUUAAGCAUUGUGAGAAUAUCUACACCCGCUACGAUUUUAAGCUCGAGCAGUGUGUGCACGAGCAAACUCUAGUUGUUGACCAGAAAAUGAAGGUCCUAAAGAAUGAGCUGGCGCAGGCUAAGCCAUUGCAGAUUGAGAAGGUUAAGGAGAUGCGUUACCAUGGAGUGCGUUAUCGCAUUUUGGCCGGCUCGACCGGAUGCACCAAGACCUAUCCGGAGUACUUAAGCCGGAUGACCGAAGAGCGGGCCCUUUGCGAGUUUCAGAGAGCCUACAAUAUCGUUAAUCAGUCCAACACCGAUUUGAGCAAUUUGUAUCUGGACAUGCGUGAGUCAAAAAAGGAGCUGGAUCAACGCGUAUCCAGGUUGGACCGGACUUUGGAUAGUACAUACUUGAAAGAUCUAGAUUCGGUGUUGCAAAUAAUCAAGGAUCUAAACACAUAUUUCUUUGGCGUGAUUGUGAAACUGAAGACGUGGGCGGAACUGAUGGACCCUAUGAAAAAGCACUCUAUUGAGGACUAUCUAGGGCUUUUAUGUCAGGAGAUGGACUUCCAAACUUUCAUGAGGGCAGGCAUGGAGAACUGCACCUGCAAGCGGUGCGACAAGAAGGAUCCCUUGAAGCCGUACCUUCCAUGCUGGUGUCAGCUGGAAACCAGCGAAGAUAUUACAAAUCCUAAGAAUUUCGAUGAUGAUUGUCCAAGGAACAUUGCAGUCAUCAAGGAAAACGACAGUGACAUUGUGACACCUAGUUCCACCUCCUUGCUAGUGAGGGCGGCGGAUGAGAAGGCCAGACUUGCAGCGGAACAGGCAAAUUAAAAUGUCUCAUAAUUUGCU